AAAGUGCAGUAAAGGCGCCAUCAUUUUGCGGCACCGUAGGUGAGGCCGGCGGCGUGCGUAUUCGCUCUGCGCGAAUCCGCCCGUUCGGUAGCUGGUAUUUCGGAAAGGCUGCACUUAGCAGUUUGGGGACCCAACUGCAGUUUUUAGAGGUCUUCAUCCCCCUGGACUUUGAAAUGCUUUAUUUGAUCGGCUUGGGCCUGGGCGAUGCCAAGGACAUCACAGUCAAGGGCCUGGAAGUUGUAAGACGCUGCAGUCGAGUGUAUCUAGAAGCCUAUACUUCAAUCCUGACUGUAGGGAAGGAAGUCCUGGAAGAGUUUUAUGGAAGAAAAUUGAUUCUUGCUGAUAGAGAAGAAGUGGAACAAGAAGCUGAUAAUAUUUUAAAGGAUGCCGAUAUCAGUGAUGUUGCAUUCCUUGUGGUUGGUGAUCCAUUUGGGGCUACCACACACAGUGAUCUUAUUCUGAGAGCAACAAAACUGGGAAUCUCCUACCGAGUUAUUCACAAUGCUUCCAUAAUGAAUGCUGUAGGCUGCUGUGGUUUACAGUUGUACAGGUUUGGAGAGACGGUUUCUAUUGUUUUUUGGACAGAUACUUGGAGACCAGAAAGCUUCUUUGACAAAGUAAAGAAGAACAGACAAAACGGCAUGCACACAUUGUGCUUACUAGACAUCAAAGUAAAGGAGCAAUCUUUGGAAAAUCUAAUCAAAGGAAGGAAGAUCUAUGAACCUCCUCGGUAUAUGAGCGUAAACCAAGCAGCCCAGCAACUCUUGGAGAUUGUUCAGAAUCAGCGAAUACGAGGAGAAGAACCAGCAGUCACUGAGAAGACACUCUGUGUUGGCUUAGCCAGGGUUGGAGCUGAAGACCAGAAAGUUGCAGCAGGCACUUUGCAGCAAAUGUGUACUGUGGACUUGGGAGGACCAUUGCACUCCUUAAUUAUCACAGGAGACAACAUGCAUCCACUGGAGAUGGAGAUGCUAAGUCUGUUUUCCAUACCAGAAAAUAGCUCAGAAUCCUGUUGAUGAACUUCAUGAACAUUUUCUAUUGUUAAUACUAAUUUCAUUCAUAUAUGCAUAUAUACAUAUUUGUAUAAUGAACAGUUCUUUUGGAUUACCUAAUAAUUGUAAAGCAGAUGACCAAGAAAAAAAGAUACUGAUUCAAAAAUA